AUGUCGUCUCCAAUUGAGUUUAAAGAAGACACCGUCAUUGUUGUUUUUGGAGCAUCUGGUGAUUUGGCUAAGAAGAAGACCUUCCCUGCACUGUUUGGGUUAUAUAGAGAAGGCUUUUUGUCCAAAUCUACAAAGAUUAUUGGGUAUGCUCGGACCAAGCUGACCAACGAGGAAUUGAGGGAACGGUUGAAGCCUUUCUUCAAGACUCCUACGGAGGAGUCGAAGAAGCUUGUUGACGAGUUUUUGAAGCUUUGUUCGUACAUUUCUGGCCAAUACGAUGCUCCAGACGGUUAUCAGGAACUAAACAGUGUGAUUGAGAAACAUGACGAGUCUCGAGGUGUUAGCGAGUCUCACAGACUAUUCUAUUUGGCCCUGCCUCCUUCUGUGUUUACUACUGUGGCUGCCAACCUGAAGAAAUACGCCCACCCGGGUAAAAAGGGUAUUGCCAGAAUCAUCAUCGAGAAGCCAUUUGGUCAUGAUCUCGAGUCGGCCCAGGCUUUGCAGAAGGAACUUGCUCCAUUGUGGACCGAGGAAGAACUCUACAGAAUCGACCACUAUCUUGGAAAGGAGAUGGUGAAGAACCUUGUUCCGUUCCGGUUUGCCAAUAAUUUCCUAUCUGCGUGCUGGAACAAUAAUUUUAUCCGGUCGAUCCAGAUUUCGUUCAAGGAGCCAUUUGGCACUGAGGGCCGUGGUGGCUACUUCGACUCGAUCGGUAUCAUCAGAGACGUGAUGCAGAACCAUCUGUUCCAGGUGUUGACUUUGUUGAUGAUGGAAAGACCUGUUUCUUUCGACGCCGAGGCUGUCAGAGACGAAAAAGUGCACCUGCUCAAGUCGAUCAAGCCGUUCGACAAGAAGAACGUUCUUGUUGGCCAAUACACAAAGUCCGAGGACGGCACCAAGCCGGGCUAUCUGGACGACGAAACAGUCGACCCAAAAAGUAAAUGUGUGACAUUUGCUUGUUUGACUUUGGAGGUGGAUAACGAAAGAUGGCAGGGAGUUCCUGUUAUUCUAAGAGCAGGAAAAGCCUUGAACGACGGUAAGGUCGAGAUCAGAGUCCAGUUCAGAGAAAACUCGAACGGUAUGUUCAAGGACAUCAACAGAAACGAGCUGGUGAUCCGUGUUCAGCCGGACGAAGCCAUGUACAUGAAGAUGAACACCAAGGUGCCAGGAAUCAACACAGGCAUUGCGGUCACCGAGCUGGACCUAUCUUACAAGAGCAGAUACUCUCACUUCUACAUCCCGGAGGCUUACGAGUCGCUGAUUCGCGACUGCUUGCGUGGAGACCACUCCAACUUUGUGAGAGACGACGAGCUGGACAUCAGUUGGGCCCUGUUCACCCCGCUGCUUAAUUACCUCGAAGGCCCAGACGCGCCUACUCCUGAGCCAUAUGCGUACGGCUCCAGAGGUCCGGCCGGCCUCAGAGAGUACCUCACCAAGAACGGAUACGUUUACCAGGACCGCUCCAUCUACCAGUGGCCGGUCACCACUCCUGACGUUUUGGAGUCAAAAUCCAAGCUUACGUAA